UUUCCUCCAAUUUCCCCACUUUAUUUUUCUGCUUUCCCUCUUUUCCUCAAAAACCCUAAUUUCCAUAUCUGCAAAGCAUUUUCUCAAAGCCAAAGCAGCAAUUGUUUUACUUAUUUAAAAAAAAAAAAACAUUUCUGAAAAUUCAGCUCCCUCCAUCGAAGCUCUGUGCAUGUUCAUGGCGGUCUACCUCUGCUUUGAAACAUAGUACAGUAGUUUGUUUGUACUUUGUAUUUCGCCUGAAUCUAAGUAUAAGAACAGUAGUCAAGUUCUGGGAUAGAUCUUUGUAGAUUCCGUUUCAUAAGAUCUUUGAUUUCUCCUUUAAUCUGUCGUGUUCGUUGAUUUCCAGUUGGGUAUCAGGAAAGAUUGAUAAUUUUUUAAGGGUAUUUUGUACACUUCUAUGAAUGGAGGCAACAGAAGGAAACAACAAUUCUGGGUUCACUGUGAGAGGAGAUGAAGCUCCAGACAGCUACAGGUUGGCUCCGAGGAGUGAGAAACAUGAUCAAUCGAGAGGAUCAAAUAUGGCGGCGCCGGCAUUGAUUUAUACGCCGGUAAGCUUGGGUACGGACGUGCUGAUGAAGAAGAAAAAGAAGAGGGGGAGACCGAGAAAAUACGAUCAAGACGGGACAAGAAUUGCGAUUUCCCCGAUGCCCAUUUCAGCUGCAGUUCCUCUUGGUGGUGGAGGGGACUAUUCUUCUUCUGCUUCUGCUUGGAAACAGGAUCGUCCAGUUGUAGACCCAUUCAAGAAGAAGAAGGCGAAAUUGGAUUUUGGGUUUGGUAACAUAGGUGGUGAUGGCCAGGGCAUGCCUUAUUCAUUUAGUGCCAAUUUUACACCCCAUGUUCUCACUGUUAAUACUGGCGAGGAUGUAUCAAUGAGAAUCAUCUCAUUUUCUCAACAAAGCUCCAGGGCUAUUUGCAUUCUUGCAGCAAAUGGUGCAGUCUCGAACGUCACUCUACGACAACAUAAUUCUUCUGGUGGUACUAUGACAUAUGAGGGUAUGUUUGAGAUACUUUCUUUAACCGGGUCCUUUAUGGCUACUGAUGAUGGAGUGACAAAGAGCAGAUCAGGAGGAAUGAGCAUUUGUUUGGCUGGUCCAGAUGGACGUGUUUUUGGAGGUGGACUUGCUGGCCUUUUAGUGGCUGCAGUUCCUGUCCAGGUUGUGAUUGGGAGCUUUUUAUCGGGCAACAACCAGGUUGAGGAGAAAGAGAAGAAGCAGAAAUCUGAAUUCACAAUAAACUAUUCAACCUCUGUCCAGACUAAUCAUAACGCCUCAUCAGGAAAUGGAACAGAAGGAUCUUUCAGCAUUCCUAGGCCGAACCAAACUCCUCACUCGUCCUACCAUGGAACUGACGUAAUUAAUCCAACCCCUUUGAACAGCAGGCCAAUUUCUAAUUCAACAGCUCCAAACAUUAUUUCAUUUGGCAGAGAAGAAUCUGAGAAUUGCAAGAUCUCUUGCUGAUUACUUUGUGCAGUUUGUAAUGGAAGGAGGAGAAAUAUGUUCUGUUACUUACCUGAUCCCUUUAGAUAACAACAUAGUUUCUUUUUUAAGGUUCAUGUCUGUCUGUCUGUGUGUCUGUCUUAGACUUUUAGGCUGUGUUGUAUUCUCUUAGGUGUUAUGCCUUGGCUAUGCUUUGUUCUCGAGUAUUGUGUUGUGUUGUGCGCUUGUCCUUUAGAAAUAUUUAUAGCAUAAUGGGUCUUUUAUGUUUCAGUUUUUAUUACUAUUGUCUGAAGACUGUUAAUUAGCGUAAUAUUUUUAUUUUAUCAUAUUUAUGCGAUGAAUAGGUUGCACAAAAUAUGAAGACUUGGUAUGCUGAUGUUUUGUUUGAAGUCU